GGCAACCAACCCAUUUGAACAGUACCAAGUGUUGGGUCGCUCAGAAGUCCACCACCCACCGCUUCUUCGAGCCCUUGACCAAGUAGAAGAACAGUACCAAGUACGGUUGACGAUCGUCAACUCACCUUUCUCAACAUUUUUCUUUCAUCGUGGGAUACGACUCUAUCGACAUGGACGCGGACCGUCUUAAUCGACCUGAUUUCCGUCUGUUGGCAGACAAUUUGAGGACUAUGUCUGACCAUGUCGAGCGAUGCGAGAACCUGCCCACCGUGGACGGCGGAGUGCAUGUGCUGGAGGCUGUGCAGGCACUUACUGCAUUGGUGCAGGAUUUGAGACGAGAAACACGUCGUGAUUUUGACCGGCUUCACGAGAGGGUGGACCGGCUCCACGAAAGGGUGGAUGGUAUGCAGAGGAGAGUUACAGUCUCAGAAUCGAAUGGCAUCAUUCGUCUUGAGAAUAGCACGGCGGUGCGGGCGGGGUCAGAGAUCACGCCUCUUCUUAGUGUUGAGACGGGAGAAGUGAUUGAGAACUUUCCACGGACUGUUGACGGCAUAUCAACCAUGACAUCAGUGGAUGUGAAUCGGAUUCUCUUGCAGUUGGGUGCACCAACGAAUGGGAGUGUUGCCGUGAGAAGGCGAAGAUUAUUGUUGGCUGUGGGAGUGACGACGUUGGCUGUUCUCUUCAGCUUCGCGAUCGUCCGCUGCGUUAGGAGGGUUGAGCCGGAGCAGCAUUUGCGGUUGGAUACGUCGGACCCCCACUGCCAUGGCCCCCGCGAGACUGGUAGGCCGCCUCCAGGAAGCCUAGGAAUGCUCGUCGGAAGCGGGAUCGACGCGGCUAGGCAGGCAGGGAGCAUGCUCUGUUUUGCUCACCUGCACAACGACCCUGACAACAUGGUGUUGUACUACCUCUUGUCUAUACUGGUGAAUGUUGACUUGAAAGAGAAAAGAGAUCACGGACAGGGGAGCCCUCAGGAUGGACAGAAAGAUGAAGAAGGGAAGAGGCAAAGGGUUAAGAUGGGUGAGGGUAAUGCCACGAGGCGAGCAGGGGAUCUGCGGGAUUGGGUAUACCAGGCCGCUGCGGCUUCUCCCUCCAUAGGACUGGUACGCCGCCUCGAGAAAGCCAAGGAGAGCCCGCCUCAUUUGACGUCGGUCCGUCACGAUAUCGAUGUGACACCAGCUUCCGCCGUUAUCGAGGUAGAUGAGAAGGAGCGUGUCCCAAUCGAAGAAGGCGACGUAUUUGCUCUUGUAUUGGUGGGUGUAGUUGACCGCCUGCUUCAUCAGGAUCUCUGCGUUGCCGCUGAAGGCUGUAGGGUCGCCGCCCAAGCCUGCGUUACGCCGACGGAAUUCAUCUGGCGCGCAGCAAGCCUCGGUGAACUCCUUGAGGCGGAUGAUACCGGGUCUCUUGUCGUCGAGGGUGGCGAGCCGAGCAGAGCCGCCGCCAGGCAGACGCCGGUGCUAACUUUUGUCUGCCCUGGCGGAAGCACUGAUAGAGCUCUUGAUAAACUUUUGGUUCAGAUGGAAGAUCUCUUUUGGGUGAUUUGCGGUCAAGGCGAGGUCCACAGGAUUGAUUAG